GACAAGUCGGCCCAAGACGGUCCAACAUUUGGGCCCACUUGUUCUUCCUCCGAGCGAACACAACCAACACUUUGGCGAGGCACGAGGAAAACAACCCCUUCUUCUUCCUAUAAAUCCUCUCUCCUCCUCCACUAGCACCACCACUACUACUACCUCCCCUCCUUCCCUUGCAUCCCCCACACAGAGAGAGAGAUGGACGGUGUGGUGGGAUUGGGGGAGGCGGGGAAGGGUGGCGGCGGCGGAGGAGGAGUUGUGGAGGCGGCGGUGACGCUGGAGGCGCUGAGGAAGAAGAUGUCGGACUUCGCCAGGGAGCGGGACUGGGAGCAGUUCCACAGCCCCAGGAACCUCCUCCUCGCCCUCGUAGGUGAGGUGGGGGAGCUCUCUGAGAUCUUCCAGUGGAAGGGGGAGGUGCCCAAGGGGCUGCCGGGGUGGGGGGAGAGGGAGGUGGAGCACCUCGGCGAGGAGCUCGCCGACGUGCUCCUCUACCUCGUCCGCCUCUCCGACAUGUGCGGCGUCAACCUCGGGAAGGCGGCGCUGCGCAAGAUGGAGCUCAACGCGCGCAAGUACCCCGUCGGACAGUGCAGGGGCUCAUCCAAGAAGCACACCCACUACUCCGUCGCUGCCUCUGACAGUGGCGCCUCCGGUGACGACAACAACGGCAAUGUCGGUGCCGAUUCCGGCAAGGGACAGUGCUAGCAAUGACUCCUCAGAACAGUUUAGCUUCCCUGAAUAUGGUACGCCUGGUUUUGAUGUUUGUUCUUGGGAUCACACUACAGGAUGUGUGAUAAAAUUAAACCAUCCUGCUCUCUGUACUGGGGGUUUGAUUUCCUGAUGAAACUAGUAGCUUGAAUCUUUUGUACUAGGUAACAAAACAUGCUCAGUAUCAAAUAUGGACAUUAAGUCUCAUUUAAUCAGUGCCCUGUGCUUGAAAUCCUGGCAUGUUCUGCUGAAAUUAUUU